GUGAAUGUAGUAACUCCAGUCUCCCUUGGAGAAAAAGGAACAGAAAACCUCCCUCCACAGAGGGUUAGUGAGAGACAGAAAGAAGUAAUUCUGCAAAUUACCACCACCACCAUCAUGAAGACAUCCAAUGUCCUCGUGCUCCUCGUUGUCCUGCUCUACAUCAGUGCCAGCACAGAAUGGCCUACGCACACAGUCUGCAAAGAGAAAGACUUGGAAAUAUAUUACAAAAGCUGUGAUCCUCAGCAAGAUUUUGCUUUCAGCAUUGACAAAUGUUCUGAUAUCACAUCCCACACCUUUAACAUCAGAGCUGCCAUAAUCCUAAGACACAGCAUCAAGCAAUUGUAUGUGAAGAUUAACCUGAUCAUAAAUGGGAAGACCGUCUUAAGCUACUCAGAGUCACUUUGUGAGCCAGAUAAUCCUCAGCUUGUUUUCUGUGGAAAGAAGAAAGGAGAACACAUCUACUAUGAGGGGCCAGUCACAUUGGGAAUCAAAGAAAUCCCACAGGGAGACUACACUGUUUCAGCAGUGCUGACUAAUGAAGAUCACCUCACUGUCGCUUGUGCUGAUUUCACUGUGAAAAAUUAUUUAGACUAUUAUUAGCAGCAGCAAAUAAACAAUGUGGCCAAACCCAUUUCAUUAAAGUUACAGAUCACCAAAACUGUUCAAGGCGAGUGAGCUAGCUGCACGCUACAAUGAUUCUAAAGGAAAUAAUUCCCACAUGGUGGUUUGGUUGCUAUUUCUCUUUAUAAGUCUCUCAUUUCAAAAAGUCAGUAGACCCUCUAGUGGUAAUCUUGCCUCUAAAUGCACACUCUAGCCCACUUUUUGCUUCUAACAUAUACAGCUGCAAAUAGCUGUUGAUACCAAUAUGCUGGUCUCGGAUGAAAACAGUACCAGACAGAACAGAUAUGAGCCUAAACAAUAUUUUGCAAUGAGUCAUGGAGGCAACCAUUUCUAACACAUGCUAAAGACAACUUUCAUAUGAAUUAACUAUUGUAUAGUUAAUGCACUCAACAUUUUCAGACUUCAUAAGGACUGCCUGGAGCCUCCGUUGGUAUAGAUUUUGUUACAGCCACUAAAUAAAGACCAAAUAGGAUGAACAUGCCUUUUUUGUCAGUGCUCUACAUCCAGUCAUUGGACUUGUAUCACUUCAGUCUUCAAGAGUCUACUUUGAUUUCUUUUUUUAAUGUUUUUUUAGCAACACAUGAAUCAUUCUGUUUCUAAGCUAUGUGCUCUACUUGCUUAUCAAUAAAUUCAUAAUGAAAGAA